CGCGUUUGAAUUCAUUUUCAUAGUGAAGUAGGUAGGUAGAUAUGGUUACCUAAUUUAAUUUCCAGUUAAUACGAUAAAAAUGAUCCCAAAUGAACGAAAUGAUUACGUUGAAACUAUCGCACCGAUACUUUACUGUUUUAAAAUUUAUGGAAUUAUACCAAUGCAACUCAAGAUCAAACAUAAUAAUUCGAAGUUUCUAGCAUCAAAAAGUAUCGCAGCGUUAACGCAGUUUAUUUAUUUACUAAAUGCUGCCUAUAAUGUGGUUACUUUAUUUGAAAUGGUUGGAAACGUUGGAGAAAACUUUAAUUUAAAAAUGUUAUUAGCUUUCGCUCCUCAAAUUUCCUUGAAGUUUAUUGUUUCCAUUAUACCACUAGGUAUUUGGACAAAAACUAGUCCAUUAAGUGACUACUGGAAUAAAUGGAAAGAGUUUCAGACCGACUUCGAAAGAAUAUCCGAAACCGAGUUCGAUACAAAACUGAAGAAAACAAUCCGAAAAAUCAUCAUCGCCGCAACUCUGUUCAUACUUAUGGGCGAAAUAAUAGUACAAAACUACAUACCUUAUGACGAUAAUUACGUGAGAUUUGUUUCAGAUUAUAUGAAUAUUUCAAUCGUGUACUAUUUAGGAGCCUAUUGGUAUAUAAAUUGUAUCUAUACUAAAUCCAUCGCCAAAGAAAUUAUAUCUUUAGCUCAAAAAAUAUUGACACAAAAUGAACAUGCUGGCAAAUUACACGAAAUCACUUCGUUAUGGAUUACAUCGUGCGAAUUAAUGGAACAGUUUUACGUUAUUCACAGCACUCUGCUUUUAGUUUACAUCAUAGAUACAAUUGUGGCAAUGACCAUUUUCGCUUUCAUCUGCAUGAAUAGCUCAGCGUUUAUAGAUAUUUACGGUGUAGGAAUUCAGCUGAAUGGGUUGUUCGUAUGCAUGUUUAUCAUAUUCUUGAUUUGCGAGACAGCUUAUUCCGUUUUUAAACAGGUUGUUAUAAACCAAAGAAAAAUAUUACUAUCAGAAAAUUUAACAAGAAUGAACUCAUCAAUGCUUCAAUCGAUAUUAAUCUUCUUGGAAGCAAUAUUUGUAAAGAAUCCAGGAGUUUCCAUAAAAGGAUAUCUAACAUUGAAUCGCUCAGUAUUUGUAUCGAUUUUAGCAGUUUGCAUUAAUUAUUUAAUCGUGUUACGACAGUUUCAAUAAACCACCAUUAGCGAAUCGUGAUUGAUGAUACGUAUUGGUAGAAAAAAACAUAAUGUUUCUGCCAUUAACAGAACGAAAUAAAUACUUGAAUGGAAUAAAA